AAAAGUAGUCCUCUUUCUUUUUCGACUCGUCAAGUUGAACAAAAUUAAUGAAACUGUGUUUAUUAAAUAUUGUAAUGUACGCAACGCUCUUUGCAUAUGAAGAGGAUUAAUUACUAUAACGCGGUGAAAUAGGGAGAGAAGAAUACUCGAACUGGAUCGACUCACGCUAUCUAGAUUUCCUGCUCCUGUAAGGAAAAGUUACAGCUCGCACACGCCGCUGUUUGGUGGGUGUUGCCAUGGCGCCGCGUGGUCAGAAAGAGGCUUCACACACAGCAUCUUGUAUUCUCUCCGCAGAGGGCCAACCAAGAGGGGCAGUGACGCAAAACGCACAAAGCAGCUCGGUGGACUCUCACUUUUUGGAAAUUAGUUUUCUUUCCAAAUUUUUUUCUCUGUACAAUCUAUUCUGUCAACGCAACCAUUUGGUCAGGAACGAAACUGGGAUUUUCCCUCAUAUUAUGCACGUCAAUGGAUACCGACGGCUCCGUGAUUAGCACAAGAGCUGAGGAUCAGUCCUUCCAUGUCCGCUACAGGAUGGAGGUGUCCUGCCUCGAGCUGGCGUUGGAGGGCGAGCGGCUCUGCAAAGUCGGGGACUACAGAGCAGGCGUUUCCUUCUUCGAAGCCGCCAUCCAGGUGGGUACGGAGGACCUGCAGGUGCUCAGCGCCAUCUAUAGUCAGCUGGGGAACGCCUACUUCCAUUUGCAAGACUACGCCAAGGCGCUGGAGUUCCACCGGCAUGACCUGACUUUGACCAGGACCAUCGGAGAUCUUCUCGGAGAAGCCAAAGCCAGCGGGAAUCUCGGGAACACGCUGAAGGUGUUGGGAAGGUUUGAUGAGGCCACGGUAUGCUGUCAGAGGCAUUUGGAUAUAGCCAGGGACCUCAAUGACAAGGUGGGUCAGGCCCGAGCUCUAUACAACUUUGGGAAUGUUUACCACGCUAAAGGGAAAAAUAUUUGCUGGAGCGGAGCUGAGCCCGGAGAUUUCCCGGAAGAUGUCAUGAUGGCCCUGAGGAAGGCCUCGGAAUAUUACGAGGCAAAUUUAGGGCUCGUGCAGGAACUCGGUGAUCGGGCCGCCCAGGGUCGAACCUACGGUAACCUGGGUAACACUCACUAUUUGCUGGGGAACUUUCGAAAUGCGGUGGCAUCUCAUGAGCAGCGUCUGCUCAUAGCGAGAGAGUUCGGUGACCGUUCCGCAGAAAGACGAGCUUACUGCAACCUGGGGAACGCUUACGUCUUCCUAGGAGAGUUUGAAGUGGCAGCUGAGCAUUAUAAGAGGACGUUGCAGCUGGCGCGACAGCUCAAGGAUCGCGCGGUGGAAGCUCAAGCGUGUUACAGUUUGGGCAACACGUACACUCUGCUGCAGGACUACGAGCGAGCCAUCGACUACCAUCUUAAACACCUCAUCAUUGCCCAGGACCUCAACGAUCGGAUCGGAGAAGGUCGAGCGUGUUGGAGUCUGGGAAAUGCUCACACCGCGCUGGGUAACCACGACCAGGCCAUGCACUUUGCUGAGAAACACCUGGAGAUCUGCAGAGAGACUGGAGACAGGAGCGGCGAGUUGACGGCGCGUAUGAACGUGACAGAUCUGCAGACGGUGUUAGGCCUGAGCUACAGCACGAAUAGUUCCACAUUGUCCGAGAACAGGGAUGCAGACUACAAGAUGCAAGGCGCCAGGCCGAGGAUGAGCAGGAGGCACAGCAUGGAGAACCUGGAGUUGAUGAAGCUCACGCCUGACAAGAUGAACGGUCCGAAGUGGAGCAGCGACAUCCUGAGCAAACAGAGCAAGCCCACCCUCACCAAGAGCUCCUCCAAGUUGUUCUUCGUCAGCCGUCUACGCGGGAAGAAGUUCAAAGCGGGCGGAGGUUCCGCCAAGGUUCUCCAGGACGCUAGUAACACUCUGGACAACGGUCACGCACCCUCACAUAAGCGAUCCAGUCCCGACACGCUCGGAGACGAAGGCUUCUUCGACCUCCUGAGUCGUUUCCAGAGCAACCGCAUGGACGACCAGCGCUGCUCCGUCCGGGAAAAAGGCGGCAGCAGGUUGUCGCUGAGCAGCCGCCCGGAGUCCCCGCCCAGAAUCAUAAGAAAAUCCGUGUCCGAGUCCGCCGACGUGUCCGGCGCUCAUAGCCGGCGGCUAGAGGAUUCCUCGGCCGCGGGCGGGAGCCUGCCGGGCCUCCGACUCAACCAGAACGGCAACCGGGCCGUGCUCAGCCACCUGAUGGCCAACGCGGACAACGCCGAGCCCGACGAAGACUUCUUCAACAUGCUCGUCAAGUGCCAGGGUUCUCGUCUAGACGACCAGCGUUGCGCGCCUCCCCCUCCACCGGCGCGUGGACCUACGGUACCGGACGAGGAUUUCUUCAGCCUCAUCAUGCGCUCGCAGGCCAAACGAAUGGACGAACAGCGCGUCACGUUGCCCUCUUCCGCAAAAGCCACCGUCGCCAAUUCCGGCUGAACGUAGCACUUAUACAAGUUGAAAUGGACUCAUCAGAAGCAACAGCUAUCAUGUAGUACAGGAACUCAACUCAGGCUAUCAGGGAACAUUAGUGUCAUUAUUUCAAGCUGUUUAUUACUUUUAAUAUUGAUUUGUAUGUGUUAUACUCUCUAUGAUUUUGCGUGUAUUUUACAUUUGUGUGCUAUUUUUCUCUUUUACUGUUCAGAAAAUUAUGAACUUGAUAUGUUUCUUUCCAUAGAUUUUGUUUCCUUUUUUUCUGAACCCAUCUAUCGCCAUUGACGAAUAUAGAUGUCCCGUCCAUUCGAAUGAUGACACGAUUGUUUUCUGCCCAGUUCAAAUGGAUGAUGGAACGUCUAUCGUUGUCAAUAAGUUAGUUCUCAAUCGUCUAAAGAAUUCCCAACAUAUGUACUGUGAUAACCUUUUGUACUUAUUUGUUAGAUCAAAGGCAUUAAAACGGACUCAUUCAAUUACAGUGGAUGAAAAGUCACUUUAUUGAACAUAAGACCUAUAUGUUAGCUUGCGUUAAAUAAAAUCCCUUUUUUCUAGAAAACAAUAAUUUAGACAAGCUUAAUACAUCAGCAUUUUAAAACACUAAUAACUGUACAUAACUGAAAUAAAUAUACACGUAUUAGUUUGGUGUUAUUUGUUUACAAGCGAGUUAAAAACAAUUGUUAGACAAAGUGCAUUAAACUUAAAAAUAAAUUUCUCCAAAUACUGUCUUCAAAUAAAUGAUAAUGGUGCGGAUAAGCCUGCCCCCUAUUGUUAUUAACUCAGUACAGCAGUAUUUGAACACAACCUAAAAAAAAUUCCCUUUUUGGACACUGGCUUUAUAACAAUCUUUCCGAUGAAAAAUACUGAUAAUUCAUUUUUGAAAACAACAUUUGGGCUAAUAAUCCAGUAGAUGCAGUAAUGUUAGUACGUCAAAAAGCAACAGCAGAGACGUUAAAAGCUGCCACAAGCUUGCUAUUGACACACCGAACACGAGAACUUCCACUUUUCCCAGAAAUGAACUACAACAGCAGCUACAGAAAUUUGCAAAAAGUUUGAUCUGGUUUGCUUAACAUGAAAAAAAAAAAAAAAAAUCAAGGAAGGCACCAUCAUGAAAAAAGCUCGCAUGCAACCUGGUAUGAAGUGUGAGUAUGUGUGCAAACAGUUCCAGUGCUUUGUGUUCCUUUGCGAUGCCAACUAAGGGUGUUACAAUAUAUCGGAAAGCUGAUAUAUCGCGAUACUUUGCAGCCUAAAAGGUUAUCGGUAUGCUCCCGCCAAGAAUCGCUGUAUCGUUUAUAAAAGGUGUCACUGUUUAAAAACAAACAGGUCGCGACCAAAAUCUUCCAAUAGAAUAGUGUCGACUAGUGGUGGGAACCUCUUGGUACCUCACGAUACGAUUUGGGAUACAAAGCCUUUUUAUCACGGAAGCCCAACGUGUGCGUCAUGCAAAUGACUGAGCAAGAUUAAUGCUGACAAGCCCACGUCUGCACCUGACAGUCCAGAACAAAUGGCGGGACGCCCUGUCCCAAAACAAGGAACACCGGAGAACGCCCGAUAUCCAACUGAUAACACGACUGACAAGAUUCCCUUUGACGCUGAGGUGGCAAAAUCCACAACUCUCGUAGCCCUGACAACCGUAAUCCUCCGGUCCAAUCCACAAACAGACAAUCUUAAACAACGCCCAAACACACCUUUCUUACUGCCCACGGCCCGCCCAGUGAGCGCCUUCAAAAGACUUGUUUAACUAAGAGUUGUCAUUUUUCUCGGGAACCCUUUGUUGACUUGUGAUGGGGUGAUGGGGGAAAAUAUUACAUUAUGCCUUUGUGAUGUAUGAUUGCUUCUAGAUUCUAACAACUUCGAUUGUUUUUGACCUUGAGUUUCAUAGUUAGGAGGGAAUCUCACGAGAUAACUUGUUUUGCACCAUAGUAUUGUUUCUAACACGCCUGGGUUCCAUAGUUAGGAGGGAAUCUCACGAGAUAACAUCUUUUGCACUCAUAAUAUUUACCGUGGGAACACAACAUCUGCUACCGGACGACACAACCUGGGAACCACGCAGGGAAAAGCCCCUUUUUCGAGGGGCUGAACCAAAAGUAGCUUUGUCAUUGGACGGGGCCGCGCCGCCUGGGAGUGGAGGUUGGCAGUCUCCUCCCCCGUGUGGCACGUUCCUACAAAAACCGGGCAUUUCCGGGCGACCAGUGAAGUCCACCAGCGGGUCACGUACGGAUCGCCUGGCUUUGUUCCUUCGCCGCCUUACCGGAGCGUUGGCUCCCGCUCAUUUGUCACGGUAAGCGGUUUUCAUUGCUAAGGGACAUUUGUGCUGUAACAGUAGCGCGGGGAUUCUGGGAUUGACAAACUCAAUCUAGCGUCAUCGUUACCCUUGUUAUGCUUGUUUUUGAUACUUGUUGCUUGCUCUUGUGGGAUUGUAAUCAAUAAAUCUAAUUUUUUCUGCAUUUUCUAAUCAAUAAACAUUGUCUAUUUUGAAAAA